AUGUAUGCGAGAAGCUUAACAUGUUUUCGAGUCUAUAAGAUUUACUCAAAUAAGGAUGGUAUAUUUGUGAUAGGGAUAAAUAAGAAAGAAAAUGUGUACCAGGUGACCGAGUUAAAGAGACGGAGCAAAGAAAUUGAGAUUGUAGAUCACUUCAAAUUAUAUAUGAAGAGAGAUUAUUGUAAUUAUAUAAUAAGAAAGAGAUUAGAAUAUAUAUGUAAAUGUGAAGGUAUUUUUGGAUGUAUACGUUUUUUAAAUUAUCCUUAUUUAUAUGUAUUAAUUAAGAAAGAAAAAGUAGGUAUAUUAUUUGAUGAGCAUAAAAUAUAUAAUGUAAAAAAUAUAUUGUUAAUUCCUUUUGUUGAAGAUAUCUUUGAUAAUUAUAAUGAAGAAAAUGAAUUAAUUGAUUUAUUUUAUAAUAAUACAAAUCAUAAAUAUAUUUAUUUUUCAUAUACAUAUAAUUUAACGUAUAGUGUUCAAGAAAAUUAUUUUAUUCAAAAAAAUUAUUUGAAAGGAGGAAAUGUAAAAUAUAAGAAUAAUCCAUAUAUGUGGAAUUCUUAUCAUAGUAAAUAUUUUAUUAAACAGAAUAUUUUUUUAUGCUUAUCUAUUAUUAAUGGUUAUUUUAUUCAAUCAAAAUUUCUGUGCUCAGGUAAAAUUAUUGACAUAAGUUUAGUAGGUCGACGAAGUAAUAAAUAUGCAGGUACACGAUUUAGGAAAAGAGGUUUAAAUUCUUAUGGAUAUUCAGCAAAUGAUGUGGAGUCAGAAAUUAUUUUAUUUGAAAAAAAUAAUUCUCAUGUUAUUUUAUCCUAUACACAAUUAAGAGGUUCUGUUCCUAUAUUUUGGAACCAACAAGUUAAUUAUAAAAUAUUAAAGAAACCACAAAUUAAUUUUUUAAAAACAGAUAUUAAUUAUUCUUGUACACAGAAACAUUUUCAACGAUUAUAUGAAAAAUAUGGUUAUCCUAUUACGGUUGUAAAUUUAUUAAGUAAAAAAAAAUAUAGUGAUGAACAGAAAUUAUCAUAUCAUUAUAAAGAAUCUAUUGAUAGACUUAAUAAAUACAUACCUAAAAAAAUACAUAUUAUAUAUAAACAUGUAGAUUUAAGAAAAGCAUAUAAAAUAGGUAUUAAAUAUACACAAUAUAUUUUAAAAAUGUUAUAUAAUUUUUCUUUACAUACUAUUGGUUUCUUUUAUAUGAAUAAUAAAAAAGUUAUUCUUAUACAAACAGGUGUGCUCAGAUUUAAUUGUGUCGAUUGUUUAGACAGAACAAAUGCUGCCCAACUCUUUUUGAACAUUUAUAUGUUUAUGAAAUUUAUUAAACUUAUUAAAUUAAUAAAAAAAAAUGAUUUAUCUGUACAAAAUAUUUCACAUAUAUCAAAAUUAUAUGAAGAAUUAGGUGAUGCUAUAUCUAAACAAUAUGCAGGAUCAACAGCACACAAAAAAUAUACUCCUGGUCAACAUUCCAAUUUUUUUAUUCAAUCAAAAGAAUUAUUUACAUCCUUAAAAAGAUAUUAUAUUAGUUCUUUUAAUGAUUUAGAAAAGCAAAAAUCGAUAAACCUUUUUCUAGGUGUUACACAUAAUAAAUUACAUUGUAUAAAUAAUUCCCAUGAUCUUGAUACCUUUGCUCAUAAUAAAUAUUUCAAGGAUAAUGGGAAAAAUAUUUUCUGGUGGGUUCUUCCCUUGGAUAAAUUUUAUUACAAGGCCCAAACGUUAUUGAAUUUGAAGCACCAUGAUAUUAUUAUAAAACAAAAAAAAAAAAGAAAGAAAAGAUAUAUCGAAUUAAAAAUGAAAAAAAUGAAAAAAAUAAAAAAAUUGAAAAAAUUGAAAAAAUUCAAAACAAUGAAAAAAUUCAAAACAAUGAAAAAAUUUAUGUAUACAUAUAAUAAUAGUACUACUACUAACCGUAAAAUAUCUGCAUCUAAAUAUAAACAAAGAGAAAAAAAAAUACUUUCAGAUGUUCAUAUGUUAGAAGAAUUAUAUAGAAAUUACAGAAGAGGAGAAGAAUCAAAAAGGAUGCUUAAAAUUAGAAGGACAAAAAACAUUUUAAGAAAUAGGAAGGAUGUAAAAAGUAAACAUAUAAACAAAAAACAAGAUUUUAUAUCCAAGAUGUAUGAUAAUUUAAAGUUCUACAAAUGUUUUAGUAAUACGAAUAUAUUUAAACAUAUGUAUAAUUUUAAUAAUGCGGAGCAGUUGUUUUUGGAAAAAACGGGUAUUUCUUUGAAAAAUAAUUUGUUCUUUGAGCGUAUGAAUUAUUUAUUUAAUAUGCGUCGUGUAGGGAAUUCAAACGAAAGAUGUGAUAAUAAUAACAGAUGUGAUAAUAAUAACAGAUGUGAUAAUAAUAACAGAUGUGAUGGUGAUAAAUCGAAAUAUGGAGUUGUAUUACAUAAUAAUAUAGAAAUGAAUCCACGUUCUUUCAUUCUUUUCUUCAAGUAUAUGUCCCAUAUAUGUAAUUUUUAUAAUGUAUAUAAAAAUAAUUUCCAUUAUUUUUUUAAAAAUAGAAAUAUAUUUAGAUAUAGAAUAUGGAGACUUAUUUCUUGUUAUAAUUAUUUAAAUUAUUUAAAAAUAUAUUUCAAUAUAUUUUUUCUUUUAUAUUAUAGUAUUUGUAAUAAAUAUAAUAUAAAACUCAUAUAUAUGAAUCAUGUAAAAGAAUUGAUAUAUUUUACCAAAUCAUAUAAUUGUAAAGAUUUACAAAAAAAAUCUGAUCAAAAUAAAAAGACAAAAAAAUAUUUUACAAAUUAUAAUAACCAUAUUAAUAACCAUGUUAUAAUAAAUCCGUCUAGUUUUGAAAAAGAUGUAAAACACAUUGUAUCUAAUUUUCAGAGAUAUAAAAAUAUCCCCAUGUUAAUAGAUUAUUAUAUUAACUAUUUUCAAAUAAAUUAUAUUCCUUAUAAUUAUAUGUUGAUUAAUAUAUCAUCUGUUUUGUGUGAUGUAAACAUGAAGGAUAAUAUGAAAAAGAAACUAACAAAAGAUGGAAUAAAAAAAAAAAUUAUAAACAAUAAUAAUAUGAAUCAACGUGAACAUAGUUUUUAUCAUGGUAAAACUCAUACUUGUUCAAUAUCCCCUUUAGAUUAUGACGACGAUGACGACAAUAUGUUAAAUAGAUGUAGUAGUAUAUCCGAGGCAUAUAAUAUUGUAACUAAGGAUGACCAAAGAAUAAAUAUUAACAUGUUAAAUGAAGAAAAAAAUGGAAAUUCUCAUAUGUGUGGAAAUUAUGUAAAAAAGAAAAAUACAUCGGAUAAUUCUUUUGAUAAUAAUAGUAAUUUAAUUAUUUAUAGAAAUGAAAAAAAAAAAAAAAUUAAAGGUUCCUCUAUUUAUUAUAAGUGUUAUAUAUAUAAAAGAUAUGAAAAAGAAAAAAAAGAUGAAAAAUAUAAAAGAGAUAAGAAUUAUAAUAUUUCUCAACUUCCAUAUAUAUAUAGUCCAUUUUAUUUUAAUACAAAAAUUAUAAAGUUUCUUUUGUUUGUUUAUUCAACAUAUUGUUGUAAUGAGAUUAAUAAAUAUAAUAAUAUUUAUAAUAAAAAUGAUAAAUUAUAUACAUAUCCUGCUGAUUUUUAUAAUCAUUGUAACAACUCAUAUAAUCAAAUUAAAAAAAUGAUAGAUAUGGAUAAUGAACUUAUUAAAAGAGAUGGAAAUAAUAUGCAGAGUUCUAAUAAAUUAUAUUAUUAUAACAUUGUUUUUUUUUUAAAAAAAUUAUUUGUAACUAAAUCUGUAGAUUUAUAUUUUAUUGAAUUAUAUUUAUCAUAUAUAUAUAAAACAAAUUAUUAUAAAGAAUUUGAUGUUUAUUUUUAUCAAAACAUAAAAUAUCCUUUUUAUAAUAAUAUGAAAAAUAAAAAAUCUGAAGAAAAACUUUUCUUAAAUAAUUAUGAUUCGUUUGAAAAUAUCCACAAGAAAAAAAAAGAAGUUUCACGUAUACAUAAAAAAAUAUAUAAUGAAGUAAAAAAUAAUUAUAAUAAUUUAUCUAGGAAAUAUGUAUAUAUAAAAAAAUUUGAAACACAUUACUCUCAAGAAAUGAAUUCAUAUAAAAAAAGAGAUCAACAAAUCAAAAGGUUCUUUAAAAAUAAAAUUACCUCUUUUAAUAAUCAAAUGAAGAAUUAUAAUAUCCUUUUUAAUAAUUUUAAACAUUAUAUUAAAGAAAAUGAAAAAUAUAAACAAAACAGUAACUACGUCCACGACCAUCUUGAUAAUUUUAAUGUCUUGAAGGAUAAAAUAGAAAACUCCAUGAAUUAUCAUCAAUAUUGUCAUCCGGUGGGGAGGAAAAUAUUUACAACAUAA